AUGUUGAAACUCGCCGCGAUUAUUUUUGCGAUCGUCGCCGUCGUCGCGAUGGCGGCGCCGCGCGACAAACGCCAACUCGCCGUCGGCACGAUCAGCGUGUCGGGAGCCGGCGGCUCGACGGGAUGCGUCGUCACCGGCAACAUCCUCUAUGCCAACGGUAUCAGAUUGCGCGAGCUGACGGCCGCCGAGCAAACCGAACUUGACAACUAUCAAAACUCAUUGGAGCAGUACAAAGAGCAACUUCGCGAGAUUCUGAAUCAGCGUCGCGAGAAUCUGCGGACCCGCAUGACCGGACAGGGCAAUGAGGUGAAUGAGACGGAAAAUUUGCCGAAGGCGCCGGUGAAGCCGUCGUUCUGCUCGGCCGACGAGACGACCCAAUAUUAUUUCGACGGUUGCAUGGUGCAGAACAACAAGGUCUACGUUGGCGGCCAAUACGCGCGCGAUUUGAGCUCCGAUGAGAUUUCCGAGCUGAAGGUGUUCGAUGAGCAGCAGACCGCCUAUCAGAAGGCGAUUCACGAUCAAAUGCAGAAUCACGUUCGCGGGCUUUUCGGAGGCUCCGACAUUUUGUCGGCGUUGUUCGGCGAAGACGCGCCCGGACGACAAUCGGCACCAGCUACCACUCAGGCUCCUGGCGUCACCACCACAAUGCCGCCGAAGCCGAAAGUGCCGCAAUUCUGCACCGCCAUUUAUUGA